GUCACCUGAUCAACGCGGAAGUUAGGAUCCCGCAGAUGCUAAAGGGGGGUAUAGCUCAGAGAAGCUGAGAGACGUGUCAGAGCCUUUUGAGUAUAUAUAAGAAUAUGGUGCGGUGCUUUUUAAUACACACUGUAUGCCCAGUCAGUGUUCUGUCAGCCGGGGAAUGUCGGGUACUUUACUCCCGGCUCUUUGGUCCAGAUGAGGCGCUUCUGUCUGAGCGAUACCGUGGGCUAAGCCCAGAGGAGAGGAGACUCCUGCAGAAGGAGAAGAUUUCUGUGGUGGCCAGGCAGGUCCUGAGUGCCGUCUCUCUGUCCCGGGAGGCUUCAGGUCGGCAGCUGGUCGAUGCGGUGCCUGGUGAGGAGGCACUUGUUCUACAGGAUGCAGACAGUGGGGUGGUGCGUCUGAGAGCAGGUGACCCUUUUUCUGAGGAAAUGAGCGUUCUGUGGCUGGGGGUCCAAAGUUUGGGCUUCACACUGGUCUGCGAGCCUCACGAGAAUCUGCUGCUGGCCGAAGGAGUCUUGAGAAACCUGACCAGACACUGUUUGGAGAACCUUCACAUGCUGGGGCAGAACAGUGAGGUCCUGCUGAAGAGCAGCCGUAUCGAUGUUCUGCUCAGCUGCCUGCUACCUCAUGGUCAGCUCCUCUUCCUCAACCACCGCUUUGCUCAGAGUCUGGAGAAGGAAGUAGCAGCUUACAUGGCCAAAUGAACCAGAUGCCACAGCUGCAGCUUCCGAGAAGUCGACCGUCCCCUACAGUGGGACUUCCAGUUGGAGCUCAAUAACUGCGAGCUUAAACCAAACCAGCGCUGUUGUUUACUUUAGGUGACAUUUCUGCAAGAGAAGCAGACGGGCAGCCUGCUUGCUGCUGCUUCUGCUGUCGGAGAUUGGAAGAUGCGUAAACACACCAGUGGGAAAUAUCUCCCUGGGCCACUUGCAGCUUCACCGCUGGCUGUUUACUGUUUGGGAGGGUUCACAGUAAAUGUGUUUGUCAAAUUGAAGAGUGGAAAAGAAAAAAAUGUUGCAUAUUAAAGAGUGCAGCUGAGGAGGCCAGUCAAAACUUGCUUACCAGAAUCCAAAUCUGCCAUUUUCACCAAACUUGAAAUGUGACGAUGUGGCCUUCAUGAAGCGGGUUUGACCUGAUUCUGUGGAUCUUUUGCUGCUGCUUCCAACUGUGAGAAAAGAUAAUCAGUUGGUGUGUUUGAGUUAUUUUAUAUUAACAAAUAAAGAUUUUAAACAUGAUGGAAAUAACACAUUAAACUAUCAUUAAUAAAAUAUGGGACAAAAUAAUGACAAGAACAGCAGCAGUACAAAUAUUAUUGGAAAAUCACUUUGAAAUGUGCUGCUUAUGUUGUAAUUGUUGGACUGAAAGUGUUUAGUUUGUAUAGUUGGACUUUCCUGAACUCAAUUUUUAUGCUGACAUCCGUUGAGAGAUCAAGUGGAGAUUUAAGAGGGGUGAUAUUGUCAUUUUUCCUGAAUCCAAAAUAAAGUAAUUUUCUUGUA